AUGGUGACUCUACCUGAACUUGUAAAGGGCUUGAAAGCAGCUUUUCAAUCGAAGGACUAUUCCAGCUGUGCAAAACUAUUGGCCCCCAUUAAAAUUGAGUUGAUUAAAUCAAAGCUAUUAGUGCCCGAUUUGGAUGCAAUUUCAUCAGGAAACACAGCCUAUAUAAACGACCUGGAAGUUUCAAAGAAAAUAUUAGAAAUUGGUGCUUUAAGUUCUAUCAAUUUACUUGAUUUCACUAAUUUUGAGAACUAUUAUGCUCAGUUACGUGCAUUUUAUUUUGGGGCAACGGAAGGUCACAAUUUAAGCGAAUCUGAGAACAAGAAGAAGUUAAUCAGUUUGUAUUUGUUGAUCCUGCUAUCACAAGGCGAUGUAACUAGAUUCCACAGCGAACUAGAGUUUUUAAGCAAGAGAAACCUUGGAAAUUUAGAAGAAAAUACGUACCUAUCCUAUCCUAUUAAAUUGGAAAAAUUGCUAAUGGAGGGUUCGUAUCAGAAGGCAUGGGAUAUGCUGCAGAAUAGUAAAGACGCCGAUAAGAUAGAUGAGUUCAACAUCUUUGAUGAGACCUUAAUGAACGCGAUUAGGGACUCUAUUGCACGCAACACUGAAGUAGCAUAUACAAAAUUACCACUUUUCAACGUUAAGGCAUUACUUUUGUUUAAGAGUGAAAAACAGACAGAGUCAUUUGCUAAAGCUAGAGGCUGGAAUGUGACCAAUGGGAGCGUUAUAUUUGAUGAAGAUGAUGUAGUUGACAAACGGGCAAAAACUAGUAUUGUUUCGAAGGCGUUGGAUUAUGCUAUCAACUUGGAAAGUAUUAUAUAG